AUGGUGACCAGCGAGGAGCAUCAGCGAAAUUGUACUGAGAAACGCGAGGGUUUGAAUGGAGAUGUUUCGAACGAAAGCGCACCUGGAAAGACAAAAUCACCGUCGAAUGCAGCAGUACUCAAAGCUGGAUUGAAGCCGAAUUUGUCUUUGUCAGAGGCGACUACUCAAUUGCGCGUACUGUGUCGAAAAUUUGCCGCGCUUACAGAGAAAGUAAAGGAGGAAACGAAAGUUCGCAAGGCUGCAGAACGCGAGAUUCAACGACUUGAAGCACUUCUGGACAAAAGCACGUCACCUGUUGUUGCCUCUUGUCGAGCAAACACGAAUGUUUACGUUCGUGAGCUUAAAGAUACUCAAGACAAGUUGCGACAGGAGCUGCGCCAUGAGAAAGAAAAGAACGAACGAGUUGUGGCAAAGGCGCUAGAGCUUGAGCAUAUAACAAGUAAGCAUCAGACGGCGUGGGAUAAAGAGCAAGUGUACAAGAUUCAGUCAACACUGAAGCUUACAAUCGAGGAACUCGAGGAGGAACUUUUGCGAAAAGAAGAAAAUGUUCAAUCGUAUCGCGAGCAAUCACAGCGUGAUAGAGUUAGGAUCAAAGCGCUUGAGGAUGAAAUUUGUGCGAAAGAUGAAGCACAGAGAAGUGCACAAGAAAGCAGGCGACAGCUCGAGGCAGAUCUACAGCAAGCUCAGACUGACAUCACGAAUGAACUUGGAAACAUGCAGCGUAUUCAUGAUCAGGCACAGGAAGAUCGGGCGUUGCGGGAUACGUUAGAACAACAAAUAGUGACGCUGAACGAAGUGAAUACUGCAUUGGAACAGCGAAGUCGUGCACUCGUUCGGCGACUAGAGCUUUCAUCGACUUUGACGCAGGAGUGCCAAGAUCUCAAGUCACAAGUUCGCGACGCUGAAUUGAAGAAUGCGAAUCUGGUUCAGACGAUUCGAGAAAUUAAGGAUGAGCAACGUAAUCGCGACAAGGAUUGGAAGGUGCGACUAGAACGAGUCAAGGAAGAGAGAGAUCAGUUCAAGCACAACGUGAGCGAGCUUCAGGAAGACAUUGCGUCACUUCAAGCUCAAAACUCUCUUUUUUCCGAAUGGAUGCUCGUUCGCAAUGAAAAUGCAAUUGUUGCUCAGCGAGACGCAUGUUUAGAUCACGAGUCACUUCAACUUCGAAGUCGAUCAAACUCUUCAAUGGUAAAAUUUAAGAAACCUUGGCCUUCAGAGCAAGCACAUAAUACCAAUAUUAGUAGAGAUAGUACACACAGUCGCGUCACAUUUUACAGCGAGGAAUGUCGAGGUGAUGAAACGCAGUAUAUGAAUGAGUCAAGUACGCGACAAAGUUCACGAAAAUGGAACGCAAGAACUCCAUGUGGACAUCAAAUAGCGCGUCAGGAGCAAGUUACUCCUCUACCACAAUCAUCUGAUGAUAGGAAUCGACAGACGUCAAUCUCGUCUUCAUGUUCUGCUGCUACAAAUGGAGUAUCCUCCUCCGAUCAUGAGCGAUUAAAAACACUUAUGACUCGCAAUCGUGAACUGCAGCGACGACUACAACAAGAAACUAUGGCUACACAAACUCUCGAGCAAGAGAUAACAUAUAUGACGUCAUGA